UGCGCGGAGCGAGUGCGCGUGGCCGGCCAAUCGCAGGCGGCGUCGCAGGGACCGACAACGCGGCCACAACGCUCUUCUCACGAAUAUUUGUUGUGGCUCUCGAGACAUUUUAUCUUCCGCCGCUCAGCGAGUUCCAGAGCUGGUGGCGCAGCAAGUUUUCUGCCUUGGAGAAGAUUUCUUAAGAAGGGUACAAAAUGGGGGACACACAAUACAGUUACGGCAGUGGCGCUGGUGCUGGUGCUGGUAGCUAUGGUAGUUAUGGUGGUGCUCCUAAUGCCGCCACACCUCCAGCCCCAGCAUUCCCCCCACAACAGCCACACUACGGGGCAUACUCAACCCCUCCUCCACAAGGCUUCUCGCAGGGACAAGCUCCUUACGCAGCACCCCCUUCAUACAGUGCCCCACCUCCACAAGGUGGGUACGGACAUCCGCCGCCAACUCAGGCUCCAGUUCAGUCAGCACCAGGUGGUGGAGGGUACAGCAGUUAUGAACAAAACAGUACCUACGGCUCUGGAAGCUAUGGACAGACACCUACAAGCACUGCAUAUGGUAGUCAGCCCAAUGCUAACUUCUCAACUCCUCCUGCCCAAGGAAAUUUAGGAGGACCACCGCCAACACAAGGAGGCUAUGGCGGAGGCCCUCCAUCUGGGGGAAGUUAUGGUGGUCCACCAUCUUCAAAUGGAAAUUAUGGUGGGCAAGGUGGUGGAUACAACAGUGGUCUAGGCAUGGCUCCUCCCCCCCUGUCAGCCCCUCCAGGCUGUGGUGGCAUGUACGGGUCGCCGCUGAAGCAGUCCCCGGCUCCCAUUCCUAGACGAGAUCAAGGGAGAGGUUAUUACAAAGAAAGUGGUGGUGGAAACUACGGGAGCAGUCGAUAUGAUGGUGGUAGCCGAGGUGACCGGCCCAGAGACUCCGAACUGGUCACACAGGAAGAUACAAUUUUUGUGUCUGGUAUGCCAGAUGAUGCCACAGAAGAUGACAUCAAGGAUCAUUUUGGAUCAAUUGGCAUUAUUAAGAUGGAUAGAAAGACACAACGUCCCAAAAUAUGGAUGUAUAAAGAUAAGGCAACUGGAAAAAUGAAAGGCGAAUGUACAGUGACCUUUGAUGACCCCUACACUGCCAAGUCUGCUAUUCAGUGGUUUGAUGGCAAAGCAUUUAUGGGCAGUAAUAUCAAGGUACAAAUGGCAGAACGUCCAAAGAGCAGUUAUGAACGAGGGCGUGGAGGUGGAGGUGGAGGUGGAGGAGGAGGUGGUGGAGGAGGAGGAGGUGGAGGUGGUGGUGGUGGCGGCGGUGGUGGUGGUGGUUAUGGAGGCUAUGGAGGCAGUGAAGAUAGAGGCAGUCGCAAUGACAGGGGUAGCCGUGGAGAUGACAGAGGUCGCGGAGACGACAGAAGUGGCCGAGGAGAUGAUAGAGGUGGUCGUGGACGAGGAGGUGACCGGGGCUAUGACAGACGUGGAGGCCCUGGAGGCCCUGGAGGCCGAGAUGGCCCUGGUGGUGGUGGUGGUGGACGAGGCCGAGCUGGAGAUUGGAGGUGUGACAGCUGUGGUAAUAAUAAUUUUGCUUGGCGCAAUGCUUGUAAUCGCUGCAGUGAGCCAAAACCAGCUGGUGCCGGUGAUGAUGAUGGUGGCGGAGGAGGAGGAGGAGGAUACCGUGGUGGAUUCCGCGGCCGUGGUGACCGCGGAGGAUUCAGAGGCCGUGGCGGUGAUAGGGGUCGGGGUGGAUACAGAGACUCAGGACCAAUGAAGGGUGACCGUGGUCCAGGAAGGUCCAGACCUUACUAAAAGAAAAAACUCCUAGAAGUUAUUAGAGAUAGUUGAAAGGUGGCACAAUGUCUAACACAGAUAUUAUAAGAUAGUCAAUGCAGUAUUUUAUAUUCUUGACAUGCAAGAAGUCAGAACACUUGUUACAAAGACUUUUUUUAUUAUUAUUAUUUUUUGUUUUUUGUUUUUUAUUAUUUUUUUUUCAAUUAUUAUUAUUAUUAUUAUUAUUAUUAUUAAAUUAUUAUUAUUAUCAUCACCAUUAUCAACAAUCAUUUUGUAGACAUUGAAUUCAAAGUACAUGGUACUUUCUCUCCUCUUUGUUUCUCUCAUUUUUUUGGUUUGUAAGAUUUGACAAAUUUGUCAAACAUAGGAAUAAGCAAAGGUUGAGCACUGAAGAAAACUGAUAUAAUGUUAAUAUAACAGUACAAAAUUUCAAUAUCAGACCUUUAGCUGUACUUUCUAAAUUGAAUCAUGGGUCCACACUUUGCUCAUCAUCUUUUAGAUAAAUUUUAAAUGAUAGUCCAUAGAAUAAUUACCAAAUGGCAGUAAUAUGGAAUGAACUCACUUGUAUAUGUUACAGCUGAAUUUUAAGAAGGCAAUUUGUAUCAGAUAUUGCCAUGGUAGCCAACUGAGUAAGAGGGCUUGAAUUAGUUACAUUCAGUGGUUUGAAUUAUGAAGAAAUUUGGUAUCUUGUAUGAAGAUCUCUAAGACAUGAUCUUAGAUAUAGAAGCAUCUUGAAGUAUUUGGAAUGGUUUCUUAUUUUGUCAUAAAGUAAUAGGAGUUUGCACAGUGCGUCUAGCCAAGAAAAAAAAUAUAUUUGUAAGGGUGGAUAUUCACCUCUGAAUGUUUUACUUUCUGUAACAAUAAAAAUUGAACCUUUCUCUUA